GCAUGCGCAUUUUCGCGACCGCGGUAAUAAUAUUGACUCGAGCGGUAACCAAACUGGGUCCGCCGGGGGAUGGCCUGUCAAGAAACAUUGGACUGCAAGCCCAUGGGUGGGUUUUCAGUGAAAAUCAUGACGGUGCAACAAAAGCAGGAUCUAAUCUCAUGGAUAUUGCAUUCAAAGCCUUUUAAGAUUCUCUCGUUUGUCUUCUGAUCGCCGAUACAGUGCGGUGGAUGGCCAGCGGUGCUCGAUGAAGAAACCGGCCGGUGUGUUUACUUCAGCGCGCAGAGACUGUCGCAUUUGAUGCCACUUGUCAAUGAACUUGUAGUUAUAUAGUCAUUUUACAGGACUCCGUUGCUUUGCUCUGGAUUUGUCCGGUACAUACGUGUCAAAAUGAGCACUGCGAUUUAUGUUUUAUCCACCGUCACCGGGUAUGUGCUUACCUCCGCGUUAUUGCUGAAGUGUCCGUCUCUGCUUCACCGGAGAAAGAAAGCGGCUUUCUGCAGCAAACACAUUUCACACCGCGGAGGUGCUGGUGAAAACUUGGAGAACACAAUGGCAGCGUUCAAGCAUGCUGUCAAACUAGGCACUGACAUGUUGGAAUUGGACUGUCAUUUGACCAGAGAUGAGCAGGUGGUUGUGCUGCAUGAUUCCAACCUGAAGAGGUCGACUGGGAUGAAUGCAUACAUCUCCGAUGUGGCUUAUGCUGAACUUCCACCUUACCUUUGUAAGCUUGGGGUGACUUUCAAGCGAGAGUGCUUCUGUGAAGGGGGAGAUGACAAAUGCAUCCCUUUGCUGAAAGACGUGUUUGAUACGUUCCCAAACACCCCUGUAAACAUUGACAUCAAGGUCAACAAUGACACACUUAUCAAGAAGGUGUCGGAGAUGGUCAUUCAAUACAACAGGGAGCAUCUGACUGUUUGGGGAAACUCCAGCAAUGAAAUUGUGAAGAAAUGUUACAAAGAGAAUCCACAAAUCCCAGUCUUGUUCAGUGUGCAAAGAGUGCUGCUGUUAUUGGGACUUUUCUAUACAGGACUUUUGCCCUUCGUCCCACUCAAAGAGCAGUUCCUGGAGAUCCCCAUGCCGUCCAUCAUUUCCAAACUUCGAGACCCUGAGAGUCAGACAAAAAGGCAACGUUUCAUAACAUGGCUGGCAGACACGUGAGUAUACGUACAUAUA